UUCCAGGUCUCAGUGUGGUGUUAGAUAUGACUGUAUGCUGUGUCCUGAUUCUUCUGAUCAGAGUAUGGAUACACAACUCAGUCUUUCAGCUUGGAACUUAACAUGGGACUUCGGUAAAGUGAACAGACAAUGGGAAAUGAACUUCAAGUCAUACUGAUAGCCUUGAUUUCUGGCUCCUUGGCAGACCAAAAUUUGUUUCCCGCCCCAGAAAAUAUCUCUAUGGUGUCCACCAACCUGAAGCAUUUUCUGCACUGGGAUCCAGUAAUGGUAGCCGGAAAUAUUACGUAUUCUGUUCAAGCACAAGGGGAAUAUGAAAGUAUAUAUAUGAAAGAUCAUUGGCAUGAUCCUGAGAACUGCCAGGAAAUCUCUGCUCACCAAUGCAAUGUGACUGACGAGGUAUCCGCCAGUGUCUUGUAUAGAUUUCGGGUUCGGUCAAUACUAGACAACCAGGUAUCUGCUUGGGUAGAACUUGAGCCACCAUUCAACAGAAAGACAACCCUGCUGAUUCCUCCAAGGGUGGACCUCCAAGUCAGUGGACUUAACCUGGUAGCCAACAUUGAAGACUAUGGGCCGUAUUUCCAGUUUUAUAUCUUUUAUUGGCAAAAAGGGAAAAAGGAUGAUACAAAAUGUAAAAAGAUAAGCAGUUCUAAUACAUCGACUUUUCUUGAAAAAGCCGAGGAAGGCAAAGAGUACUGUGCAGAGGUCAUUGCAUUUGCAAGUCCGAUCAAUAAGAACAGCAGCGGCAGUGAUGCAGUCUGUAUCCAGGUUAAAGAAGUAAACAAGUCUGGUCUGUUCACUGGACUUCUUUGUGUCUUCGGGGUGGUUCUGGCAUUUGUACCAAUGGUUUUAGCAAUCUGGAAAUCUGCCAAUAUGAUACGAUACUUCUGUUGUCCAGCUGAGGAUGUCCCCGAUGUGUUGAAAGGACCCUACAUUGGUGAAAGGAUGCUUCAAAACUAUUACUCAAGCAAGGAUGAUAGUGAAGAAACCUACAAGGUUGAGCUUUAUGAACAUAUGCUCAACCAAGAAAUUAAUUCUAUUACAGUGAAAAUGCAAACACCUUGACAAUCUUAUAUAAACAUAACUGUGUUCUGAAAUCCAGAUUCUGAGUGGAUGAAAAUCAGCUUCAGUGCUUCCAUUUUAAGGUCUUUAUUACUACUGAUCAAUGAAGCAAAUAAAAACAACCCAGCAUCAUCCCUGCACCUGGUUGGCCUCUCAGCAGUAGCAGAUCAGAGGUCAUUGGAACUGAUCUGACAGGGCCAAGUUUUUGGAACUUUUCUGAACUUCAGAUCAAGAUCUAUGGAGACGAUGGGUAAACGUGCGCAGGACCUCAUGUCUGUAUGUUUUUGAAGGGAGAAAAACGUAUGUACUGUUGCCAUAUGGUUCAAUAGUAGGCAAAAUGAUACCACAAUACAGUUCCAAACAACAGUUGCAAUAAAACACUGCUAUAUUGUGUACAUAACGUCAUACAAUGAACAUAUAACAGUCCAUAAUAGCAUUGCUACAGUUCUCAGAUAAUAAUACUAAUCUACGGUCCUAGAGGCCUGGAUUUGCUUGUUUUUCCUUAUUGGAAAGGCUCCAUUUUUAGGACAUUAAUUGAUCAUCUUAACAUAGAAAACAAGGGGCUCUGCUAGACACUGGGACUUGACUUUACUGGGGAGAGUGUUUGCCAAUGUAAAUAGGCAAUAUAAUAAAGUACUAUGCUAAAGUUUUUUGUUACAUGAAUGCACAUUGCCCAGGGGUGUAACUAUGAUUCAUAGGGUUCCAUAGUGUCAGAGAAUUACAACAACAGCAUAAGUAGCAAAAAUGAUAGGUAUGUAUAAAUAGUACAAUAUAUCAUAAAAGCCACAUUAGAGCAAAAAGCCACCAUAUUGUUAUUUCCCACAAAAUAAAGUACAAUGUUCUUGCACCUGACUGGGCCCCAUAGCAAGUGCUAUACUUAUGCCCCUGC